AUGUCCGCGAGGCGGCCCGGUGCCGGUGGAAGCGUUCAAAAGAUUAAAUGUAAGAAGAAACGGCUGCACAACAAAGACCGGACCGGAUCAGACCCCCGCGGCGGAGCUGCUGAGGUGUGUGUUUGCAGCGUUGGUCCGACGCAUUGCUGGCACGACCUGGACAACAGCGAGUACGACUGCUGGCCUCUGGACAAACCAAACGAAUACAACAUGAUCGACUGCGGGGGUCUGGAGAUGGCCUGGGUGGUCCGCCCUCCAGAGACUGUGAAGACCGGCGAGGUCUUCAGCGUCACGUACUCAGUCACAGCCAGGGACUCUUUCUACCACUGGGCGAUCGACAACCACAUCUUCACAAACAGUUCCAUAGUGAACGCUCAAGCAGCUCGGAAGUUCUGCGAACAUCACGACUGUCCAGCCAACUGGAAUGAGGCUGACGGAGAAAACUGCUGCAUUCAUCACGCUAACAUCCACUCCUGUCCACUGGGAUACAUGACAUCAGAGAGCAUCUGUGGUCCCUGGAUUCCUGACGACGGAAAGAUCUUCACACACACCAUCUCUACCUCUGGCAAGAUGACCCAGACCAACUGGACUGCCAAGGUGGUUCUGGUCCACGCUGGCUUAACCUCCCUCAUCGCUCACAUACGAGUCGGUCGCAUGCAGGUCGCUCUUGAGGCCAAGAGCACUGUGCAGCCUGCUGUAGUGUGUGGAGAUGGUGUUUGUGAGGAGGCGGAGCUUUGUUCCACCUGUCUAGCCGACUGUGGUGAAUGCCCCAUGACCGCCGCAGCCAAGCUGGCCAUCGGCCUGCCGCUCAGCCUGCUCUGCCUCUGCUUCAUACUGACCGCUGUGUGGCUGAGGUACCAGAAACAGAAGCUGCUGUGGGACGAGAGCUGGAUCAUCGACUUCACGACGAUAAAACAAGAUCCGGAAGCUUGCAUGACGAUGGGCAGUAUCAUGAGUGUCCCGGUCGGCAACAGCGACAGUAACACCAGCUGUGUGACUGCUCUCAGCUCCUGCACAGGACAACCAGGCACCAGGAAAACUCUGUUCACCUGCACUGGGAUAUAUGAUGGCAGGACGGUGGCCAUCAAGAGGAUUCAAACAAAGACUUUCUCUCUGUCCAAAACCAUCAGACAGGAAGUCAAACAAGUCAGGGAGCUUGAUCACCCCAACCUGUGCAAGUUUAUCGGCGGUUGUGUUGAGGUGCCUAAUGUUGCCAUAGUGACAGAGUACUGCCCAAAAGGAAGCCUUAACGAUGUUCUGCUUAACGAGGAGAUCCCACUUAACUGGGGCUUCAGGUUUUCCUUCGCGACGGACAUCGCCAGAGGGAUGUCGUACCUCCACCAGCACAGGAUCUGUCACGGCCGACUCAAGUCUCUGAACUGUGUGUUAGACGACCGCUGGGUCUGCAAAAUAACAGAUUACGGGCUGAGAACGUAUCGCAGGGAUGAUGGGGCGGAGCCUCUUUCCACCUAUCAGCAGAGACUGUUGGAGGUGUACAUGCCGCCUGAGUUCCAGAACUCUAACGUGGAGCCGACGCUGGCUGGAGAUGUGUUCAGCUACUCCAUCAUCUUGCUGGAGAUCGCCACUCGCAGCGACCCCGUCCCCGCAGAGGAGUCUAACCUGGAGAGCGCCUGGUGUCCUCCUCUACCUGAGCUGAUCUGCAGUAAGGCCGACAACACCUGCCCCUGUCCGGCCGACUACGUGGAGCUCAUCCGGCGCUGUCGCUCUCAUAACCCCGCCCACCGACCCACCUUUGAACAGAUCAGGAAGUUCGUUAACCGGAUCAACCCGAUCAAAGUCAGCCCAGUGGACAUGAUGAUGAACCUGAUGGAGAAGUACAGUAAACACCUGGAGGUGUUGGUGGCUGAGCGGACUCAGGAUCUGACACAUGAGAAGCAGAGGACUGACCGGCUGCUAUACAGUAUGCUUCCUAAACAGGUAGCUGACGACCUGCGGCAGGGGAAGCCGCUGCAGGCUCAGAGUUACGUCAGCGCCACCAUCUUCUUCAGUGAUAUUGUGGGCUUCACACAGCUGUCCAGCAGCAGCACUCCUUACCAGGUCGUCGACUUCCUCAACAAGCUCUACACAACGUUUGACGACAUCAUCGACAACUACGACGUCUACAAGGUGGAAACCAUCGGAGACGCCUACAUGGUGGUGUCCGGCGUUCCCCGGGAGAACGGGAUCCUCCACGCCUCAGAGAUCGCCAGCAUGGCUCUGGACCUGGUGGGCGUCUGUCGCACCUUCAGGAUCCCCCACAAACCCAACAUGCAGCUGCAGAUACGAGCUGGGAUACACUCUGGUCCGGUGGUAGCGGGAGUCGUGGGGACGAAGAUGCCUCGUUACUGUCUGUUUGGAGACACAGUCAACACAGCAUCGAGGAUGGAGUCCACCAGCCUGGCCCUGAAGAUCCAGUGCAGCUCCACCGCCUUCUACCUGCUGGAGGAGAUCGGCGGCUACCUGCUGGAGUGCAGAGGAAUGCUGCAGGUCAAGGGCAAAGGUGACAUGGUGACUUACUGGUUGGAGGGGAAGAAGACGUCCGUGGUCUCCAAGGACGUCAGCCCCGACGCCAAGGCAAACAAAGGCGUCACCAUGGAGACGGAGGCGGAGAAAGAAGGAGGGCUGUGCUCGUCCGUGCCCGGCUUUCUGAACGGUGAUCUUCUCCUGGAUCCGGCCUGAUCCGGCCUGAUCCGGCCCGAGUAUCAUCUGAUCAGUUAGUCUGAACAGAAUGCAGAAUGCUA